UCCCUGCCAAACUUCCACCAAUCGUGGGCUCGCUUGGUACAAUAUGAAAAUGGCGGCUCUCUGCAGUGAGUUUGGGGACCUGGUGCAAAUCAAGAAACAGUUAAUAUCAGUGAUAUCGCUUUGUAAAGAAAGAGGACUUUUACACAGCGCAAAGUGGGCUUCUGAAUUGGCAUUUGCCUUGGACCCUCUUCCCAAGGAUGAAUUACCCCCACCAGUCCCAUUUACAGAGGAAGAUGCACAAGACCUGGAUGCACUUACACUGGCCAAAUCAUACUUUGACCUGAAAGAAUAUGAUCGUGCUGCCUACUUUCUGAAAGGCUGCUGCAGUCAGAAGGCUUAUUUCCUCUAUAUGUAUUCCCGCUAUCUGUCAGGGGAGAAAAAGAAGGAUGAUGAGACUGUGGACAGCUUAGGUCCUUUGGAGAAGGGUCAGGUGCGCAAUGAAGCUCUCCGGGAACUAAGGGUUGAGCUCAGUAAGAAGCACAACGCAGGAGAGUUGGACGGCUUUACCCUCUAUCUGUAUGGAGUGGUUCUUCGAAAGCUGGAUCUUCUGAAGGAGGCAGUGGAAGUGUUUGUUGAAGCAGUACAUGCACUUCCUCUUCACUGGGGAGCAUGGCUGGAGCUUAGUAACCUUGUCACCAAUAUUGAAAUGCUGAAGUCACUGUCUCUGCCAGACUGCUGGAUUAAAGACUUCUUCAUGGCCCACAUGUACACAGAGCUGCAGAUGAUUAAAGAAGCGUUGCAGAAAUACCAGGACUUGAUAGAGGCUGGUUUUUCUAAGAGCACCUACAUCAUCUCACAGAUUGCUGUGGCCUACCACAACAUCAGAGAUAUUGACCAAGCUUUGGCUCUGUUCAAUGAGUUGAGGGAGCAGGAUCCAUAUCGAAUCGACAACAUGGACACAUUCUCUAACCUGCUAUAUGUCAAAAGCAUGAAACCAGAGUUGAGCUACUUGGCCCACAACCUGGUGGAGAUUGACAAGUACAGGGUGGAGACGUGCUGUGUUAUUGGUAACUAUUACAGCUUGCGCUCUCAGCAUGAGAAAGCAGCUCUCUACUUCCAGCGGGCCCUUAAACUGAACCCUCGCUGUCUUGGUGCCUGGACCCUCAUGGGCCAUGAGUACAUGGAAAUGAAGAACACUUCAGCUGCCAUUCAGGCCUACAGACAUGCCAUUGAAGUGAACAAGCGUGACUACCGUGCUUGGUAUGGUCUGGGUCAGACAUAUGAAAUCCUCAAGAUGCCAUUUUACUGUUUGUACUAUUAUCGAAAGGCUCAUCAGCUCAGACCUAAUGACUCACGCAUGUUGGUCGCACUGGGUGAAAGUUACGAAAAACUGUCCCAGCAAUUCGAAGCCAAGAAGUGUUACUGGAGGGCAUACUCUGUCGGAGAUGUGGAAAAAAUGGCUCUACUCAAACUGGCAAAGCUCCAUGAAGUGCUGAAUGAGUGUGAUGAUGCUGCCCAGUGUUACAUGCUGUACAUCCAAGACAUUUUCUCCUGUGGGGAACAACUGGAGCAUGCUGAGGUGAGCACAGCCCUGCGCUACUUGGGUCAGUACUACUUCAAGAACAAGCUCUACGAUGAGGCGUCCCUCUGUGCCCAGCGCUGUUGUGACUACAACGACGCACGUGAAGAGGGAAAGGCUUUGCUGAGGCAGAUCUCACAGGUCAGAGAUCCCAUUGAGACACCAUCAGCAGAUAUGUUCACACCGCUCUCAAACAACAACACUCCGGUCAGGAGGGUGUCUCCUCUGAAUCUCAUCUCUUUUACACCCUGAUGAAUAAAGUUUUUUCCCCAAAUACUACUAAUGCUGUAUACAUGUAAAUAGUUGGAAUAAAGCAUACAUACUAUGCAAAAA